UCGUAGUUUAUUAUUCUGCUAAUACUCUGAGUAAUAAAGUUCGCCUCGUGUAUCAUACGUCGCAGCCUCUCCCGCGACAUCCGCAACUGCCACUUACAAAUUAUCCGCAGUUAUCGAACACCCCUCACUCAUAUUACUCAACCUUGCUCUAGCUCUAGCAUACCUACCUGUAUAUACACGGUCAAAUCAAGGGCAACUUCAGUAUGCUCGGUCCUCCUGUGAAUUUGCCUAAAUGGCUUGAAGAAAACUCUCAUCUCCUGCAACCACCCAUCAACAACUACUGCGUCUACAAUGACGAUUUCACCGUCAUGAUCGUCGGUGGCCCCAAUGCUCGCACUGACUACCAUAUCAACCAAACCCCAGAAUGGUUCUACCAAUACAAGGGCGCCAUGAUGCUCAAAGUCGUCGAUGAGGGUAAAUUUCGCGACAUCAUCAUCCGCGAAGGCGAUAUGUUUCUCCUACCAGGCAACACGCCUCAUAACCCCGUCCGCUUUGCAGACACCGUUGGAGUGGUCCUUGAGCAGCGCCGUCCCAAGGAUUCACUCGAUCGAAUGCGCUGGUAUUGUGCUGAGUGCGGCGAGAUUGUCCACGAGGCUGCCUUCCAUUGCACCGAUCUGGGAACACAGAUCAAGGCGGCUGUGAAUGACUUUAAGAAUAGCGAUGAAAAGAGGACAUGUUCAAAGUGUGGGGUUUUGGCAGAUGUAGCGCCGAAGCCAGGAAGUAUUCAGGAUCCCAAUUUGGAGUGAUAAUAUUCUAUUUUACAAGAUUUAAAAUUUCAAGUCUUUCACGAU